GCCGGAAGCGGGGGCGGGAGGGGCGUGGCCUCGCGGGCGCCGCCUCCGGGCUUGAGGUUAAGGCGCGCGGGGGUGGCUCGGUCAGAGGCGGUGGCCCUCCGUGCUGUGUCUGCUGCCUCUGCCGCCGCCGCCGCCAUGGCCCUGCUCCGAGGUGUAUUCAUCGUUGCUGCUAAGCGAACACCCUUUGGGACUUAUGGAGGUUUCCUCAAAGACUUCACAGCCACUGACCUGAAUGAAUUUGCUGCCCGGGCUGCCUUGGCUGCUGGCAAGAUCUCGCCUGAAACUAUAGACAGUGUCAUCAUGGGCAAUGUCAUGCAGAGUUCUUCAGAUGCUGCAUACUUGGCGAGGCACGUUGGUUUGCGUGUAGGAGUCCCCAUAGAGAACCCAGCUCUCACUCUUAACAGACUCUGUGGCUCUGGCUUUCAGUCCAUCAUCAGUGGAUGUCAGGAAAUCUGUGUAAAAGAUGCUGAAGUCGUCUUGUGUGGAGGAACUGAAAGUAUGAGCCAGGCUCCCUACUGUGUCAGGAACGUGCGCUUUGGUACCAAAUUUGGAGUAGAUCUCAAGAUGGAAGACACUUUGUGGGCUGGAUUAACAGAUCAGCAUAUCCAGCUCCCCAUGGGAAUUACUGCAGAGAACCUUGCUGUGAAAAACAAAAUAACCAGAGAAGACUGUGACAAAUAUGCACUGCAGUCACAGCAGAGGUGGAAAACUGCUAAUGAUGCUGGCUACUUCACUGAGGAGAUGGCACCAGUUGAGGUGAAGACAAGGAAAGGGAAACAGACAAUGCAAAUGGAUGAGCAUCCUCGGCCUCAAACAACCCUGGAAGAGUUAGUUAAACUCCCUCCAGUGUUCAAGAAAGACGGGACCGUUACUGCAGGGAAUGCGUCAGGGGUAUCUGAUGGUGCGGGAGCUGUGGUCAUAGCUAGUGAAGACGCUGUAAAAAAACAUAAUUUCACACCACUGGCAAGAAUUGUGAGCCAUUUUGUGUCUGGGUGUGACCCCGCUAUCAUGGGUAUUGGUCCUGUCUCUGCUAUCACUGGGGCACUGAAGAAAACAGGGCUGAGUCUUAAGGACAUGGACUUGGUGGAGGUGAAUGAAGCUUUUGCUUCCCAGUACCUGGCAGUUGAGAGAACUUUGGGUCUUGACCCAAGUAAAACCAAUGUGAAUGGAGGAGCCAUUGCUAUGGGCCACCCAUUGGGAGCAUCAGGAUCCAGAAUCACUGCACACCUGGUUCAUGAGUUAAGGCGCCGAGGUGGGAAAUACGCAGUUGGGUCGGCUUGCAUUGGAGGUGGCCAGGGCAUCGCCAUUGUCAUUGAGCGCAUGGCCUGAGGAGCUAGCACAGCAGCCGCUGACACCCACCGGUACUGCUUGACCCAUCCAUGGUCAACAGGACCAUCGGAUCAGCUGCAAAACCAGCCUAGCCCUGCCACUGAAGGUGACUGAGUUCAGUCAAAGGACGGUGGGGCAAAGAGGCAGUUCAUGAAUAGGAGUGACUGCUAGAAGAAAUUCUCUCAGAUUUGCUCCAAAUAUGGUGUUUGUCUGAACUAAAGCCCAAGUAUAGAAAGCCUUGAAAAGGAACAGGGUCCUUGCCAUGUAACUACCACAUAUGCCUUAAUGAUUACAAGGAAACUGAAUAAAUAUUGCCUUAACCUCA